AUGCAUGAGAUGUCGGGAUAUCCGUCGCUGCUGGAGCCGUGUCGUCGUCGGCUUCCAGCGACUCCAUCCAGGAGAUCUUCUUCUCCACGAAUGCUGCCCACGCCACCUCCUACAUCACCAGAAUUUCGACCACCUUCAUCUUUGCUUGAACGGCGCCCUUCUGGCCGCAAACUUCCAAUGACUCCAACUGUUUCUGACACCGAAUGGCCGUUAUCCUCUCCAGUGGCUCAACGCAAAUUUUCUGAAUUGCGUGAACCACUUAGUGCAUUCAUGAAUGCACAUUCUCCCUUAAGUCAUCAACACGUUUCCUCAGAUCACUCAGUUUGUACUCCAUGCAGCACCAACGCGCCAUCGCGAAGUUCUUCUGUAUCACAUUCGAUUGAACAGUUAGCUAGUAAAUCGAGUAGUGAUACUGAAGAUCCGUCUGCACAUGGAAUAGAUCCAACACUGUAUCAAGCGGGUACUGCCACAUCUAGUUCAGUGCCUGAUAUUGCCAACUCUACUGCUGUUCCAACAAGUAGCUCAUGGCCUGAGAGUGAACCUCGGCCCACUGGUUUGGGACUUGUUCAUUGCUCCCUUCAACAUUUUCCUAUUCGCAAGCGUCUUCGCGUUUCAAUUCUCAAAAUUGAAGGUUUGGCUGGACAAUUGAAGCCAGAAUUGGAAAUUCAUGCAUUCUGCAAAGUGUCCAUACUACCUGGAGGGAAAUCACAGAAUUCGAACGUGAAACGUGGCCGAGACGUAGUCUUUAAUCAGGAAUUUUUCUUUGACGGUAUCACCAGUGAGGACUUGAACGAGAAAUGCCUGAGCAUAACAGUGUGUCAUCAAUCGAUGCAAAAGCUGCAAAAGCAUAUCAUCAUCGGUGAUCUGUAUUUGCCACUCAAAGACCUCAGUGAGUUACGCUCUAAGAAAGAAGUUCGCGUUAUCGAAGAACUUAAGCAUCGAAUCAAUUCUAAAAAACUCGGCAAGAUCCAUAUAGUAACGUGUAUCGAAAAGGAUGCACGUCGUCUGACCAUCACAAUAAAUAAAGCAGAUGAUCUGCCUAAAGGUGGCAUCACCGGACCGCCAGAUGUAUGCGUUCGAAUCAAAGUGACCCAAGGCAGCAUGUCACAAACGAAACAAAGUCGCGUUCUCAAGAGUACUUGCUGUGCUGUUUACAAGGAGGCUGUAAUGUUUCUGGUGAAUACAAAACUGACUGAACUGCAACAAACAAGCAUCAUGAUUUCCGUGCACGACCUUUCCAGAACAACAACAGGUGACGAUCUAAUAGGAUCGGCGUUUUUGGGUGUGAAUGCUGUGGAUAAGUCAGAAGUGGAACAAUGGAAGAAUACGAUUGAACAUCAAGGCAAGGAGUACAAAGGAACGCAUCAUCUAAAGCCAGCACCUCGUGCUCCUGAUGUGCACGUUGCUGAGGCACCGUCUGAUUCCGAAUAA